AUGUCGAUUAUCACUUCAAUCAAUAGCGUCUUCAGCGUGGUGACCUAUUGGUGCGAUAGUCCCGAUGUCCAACCAGCUGAUCGACUUACUGACCAAGAAUUUGUCAUUGUCCAUUUUUCAGUCACAUUAUUGCAAUAUGUCGACCUGUUGAAGAACAAGUUUAAGUUUGAUGAUGCUUUCAACUAUGAGGAAGAGACCGACCUGGCCGCAGCCGUCAAAAGUUCUUCGACUUAUCAAGCUCAUCACAAAGAGCAUUUGAAGUGCACAUUAAGACUUCUCAUCACUUUGCAAUGUUAUAUUCUUUUGGUUUCUCAUAGAUACUUCCCAGAUGGGAUUGAUAUCUACUUCGAAAACGUGAGGGGAAAGAUGCUCGACGCAGUGCUGCUCAACAUGAAGUCACAUGGGCGAAUCGCAGAGUGUGGGAUGGUCUUGCAGUACAACCUCAAGCAGCCUGAGGGGGUCCACAACCUCUUCCAAAUCGUCGUGAAACGGAUCCGGAUGGAGGGUUUCGUGGUCGUUGAAUACUCUCCCCAGUACCCAGAGUACCUCGGGAUGGUAUUGCCUCAAAUCAGAGAAGGGAAGAUAGUAUACGUCGAAGACAUUGCUGAGGGCAUCAAGAGCGGCCCAGCUGCGCUAAUUGAGCUCUUCUUUGGCAAGAAUGUCGGGAAGCAAGUGGUUGCAGUGGCUCGUGAAUAAGAGGGACCCGGAUUUCCAACACCCCGUACGGGUAAAUAUCCAUGCAAUGGCGAUGCUUCUAAACUAGAAUAUCUACAGCGUAGUAUUGGUAACGGAGACUGUACAUCCUCACAGAUGUGUACGUUCAACUAUAAAUGUACAUGAUGAACGUGCCACAACUUCUUCCUGGCCUUAAAAUCAUUUCAUCUCAAUACGACUG